UUGUGCCGAGUUCCGCCUGUUGUUGAACGGUGUGAGCACGCUCAGUGUAUCGGAUUGGCGUGCACACACACACGUGCACAAUCCCUCCAUGACGUCGGCUGCUGUUGUGGAGUGGUUCUGGGCUGUCGUUGAGGAGCUUUCACAAGAAGAGAAGUCCUUGCUGCUUAUGUUCGCCACAGGGAGCCCAACUACGCCGGCGGGUGGAUUCG